CUUCGCUGGAUACUUCAGUGCCUUAGAAGGCACUAGUGAGGUCAAGAACUGACAGUGUGGAUAGCUGUGGUGCUAUGUUAUGACCUGCUUUGCUGUUUCGGACCCGUGUUGAUGCUUGUGUCUUAUUUAUUUGUGUGUUGUAGAUAGUAUUACCAGUUAAUACUGCCUUGAAGAUUUAUUGACAUUUUUAUUAUUUGGGAGAUUUAAUUGUACUAACUUUUGUGUGGAAUACCCCUAAAUUAACACAAUGAUCAGUAGGAGGAAAAUACUUUCUCGGUCUAGAGACGAAUUGAACGUAGAUUUAGGUUUAGAAGAGGACGAAGAUGCUUGGUUCACAAAAGAGAGGCUCUUCAGGGACCACAUCCAGGAGGUGCUCAACAAGUGGGAGCAGAUCGAUGACGAGAUAUGGGCCAAAAUCAUCUGCAUGGAAAGGAACCGAAGGGUGGCCAAAGCCUAUGCCAGGACGCCUGUGCUCACAGUCAACGGGUCCGCUGAUGGAUUUGAUGGCUACAAAAUCGGACUGAAUGGUUUCGAAAAUCCCAUGCGUGAUCCUAAAACAGAGGAAGCCAAAAGACACAUCGGACAUGGCGUGAAGAUCAAGAUGGACGACGCAGGUAACAUCAUCAUCAAGCGAGCGAGUAAGAACGCAGUAUUUGCGAAAGAUGUAAACGGUCCAGAAGACAGCUGUUUGUCCGCCGAUAUUCAGCGGCUACAAGGACAGCUGGAAUUUGAAAAGCCCGUCAAAAUGUUCGACAUGAAGAAAUUCCAGCAGCACAUCAGCAGGGAGCUCCGACGUGCGUAUCCAGACCGGCGGAAGCUUGAGACGCAAUGCAUCUGCGUUGUGGGAUUCGUCAAGGAUAACAGCGAGGUGCUGGACAUGCCCUGCUGGAUCAUGAUCAUCAACAUCGUCGCCCUCGACAUGCUCAAAUCCAAAUUGCCGCCCACUGUUAUGUCCAAGCGUCCAAGUGCUCCCAAUUUGGCGAGCAUUUUCGAGCGCCCUCUGAGGAACGGCAACGAGGAAGACCCCUACAGCCUGCCAGGCCUCACGUCACGAAAUUCUAUUUAUGGUGUUCUUGGAGAUCCGAAACCCCCCAAACUCCCGCCUAGAGAUAUACCGAGAGUUCCAGUGCCUACACCCGACUAUGAAGAUAAAGACGAUGAACGCUUUGAUUUUCCACCAGCCAAACACACUAGUAAUAACAAUAGUAUGCAUAACCACUCCAGAAAUCCUAGUAUAUAUGACGAUCCUUACUACUGCGGUCUGAGUGCCCGAGUUCCCAAGUUCGGCAAGAAGCCUCCAGCGCCUCACAUGCCCGGACUGCACGCACCCCUGAGGAAAGCCCACAGUGGUAGCUAUCUUAGUCUCAUCAGACCCUAUGAUUCCGGUUUAGAAUCGGACGGUCACACAGGCUCCAGCGAGGAUGAUUAUUCUAGGAUUUAUGGCCGACUUCGCCAAGUCCCGGCUCAUUAUGGAUAUUAUCAACGCAAAGAACUGUACGCCAGCAAAUGGCGUUGAAUAAAACCAGCCAAGAUAAAAGACGAUAUAAAUUUGGAUCGAAAUCUAGUGCUUGGUAAGUCGCCAACAAACACACAGCGCCAAUCAUGUUGGCGGGAAAGUAAAAUGCCUUAAUAGAAAAUUUGGCGAUCUACCGAAAGCUAGAUUUUUACCCAGAUUUUGUGAACAUGUGAAUGGCAACACUACAACUUUCUUCGAAGAUUCCAAGUGUCAGAGGACAAUUUCUGUCACAUAGAAAAUGUCUGUUCUGAUUCGCUCUCGGCAAAGACAAUAUUGAUUUUUUUUCUUCUUUUUCUCCAAUGUAAUAAUCUAUGGUUAACUUUUAACAAGUCAUAACUAUGAACAAUGCCAUUCAAUAUAGUUCUGUCCAAAUUUUUAUGAAAAACAUUUUUAUACAGACUUGGAAUUUUAUAUUGCAUUCGACAGAAUUGAAAAUUAUUUUCGUGCUAUUUUCUUUAAUAAUGUAUAUAACUGCUGCAUCCAGUUUUGUAAGAUAGUGGAAGACCUGACGAAAUGAAGUCUGUAAUAUAUAGGAUAAAAUCCUUUCUUAGAUGUAUUUUUCCAUGGAAUGACAACAUUCAAGUGCUGAUUUUUAAUUUGUGUCAACAGAAAAAAAAAUUCAAUGGUGGAUAUUUGUUCAUUGUGUUUUAUGCAAAAUAAAAUAUGUUUACCUAUAA